GUGGUGGUCUGUAGCGUGCCGUCGCUGCUGUGGGAAGGGUGUGCCGCUGGCAGCUGGUUUUGCACGGGGUCACUAAAUCCCCGCGUAGUUCCGUCUCAUAGAACGUAACGGUGUCAUUUCUGUCCUCCCACGUUUCCGCUCGGAGUGGAAGCUCCAAGUUUCGCUUGCGUUUGAAACCCACUUCCGUGCUUACACUGGACUCGUUCGGGUUGGAGAAGACCUGAGAUCCCCGACCUGCCCGUACCGCGCCCGGUGCCCCUCGGUGCCGCGUGUCCACGGAUGCACGUGGCAAGAAGGGUGCCUUGUGAAGAGGGCGCUGUGAUGUCCAGCGUUGGCACGAUGUUUGCUGAUGGCUGUUUUGUCACUCAGCAGUGUAAAAACCAUUGCCGUGGGCCUCACCGACCUGACGUGCGCAGCUGCCGUAGCAUCUGCAGAGAGAAGGAUGUGCCGGUGCUGCCGGCACUGCAGCCGAUCGAUGAAGACCCUGGCACGUGUGAUAUUGUGAAGGCUACUCAGUAUGGAAUGCUAGAGCGGUGCAAAGAACUGGUGGAAGCAGGAUACGAUGUUCAACAAGCAGACAAAGAAAAUGUGACUCUUCUGCACUGGGCAGCAAUAAGCAACAGACAGGAGCUGGUUAAGUACUAUAUUUCCAAAGGUGCAGUAGUGGAUCAGCUAGGUGGAGACUUGAAUUCAACUCCCCUUCACUGGGCCAUCAGACAAGGACACCUACCCAUGGUCACCUUAUUGUUGAAGUGUGGAGCAGAUCCCAGCCUUAUUGAUGGGGAAGGAUUCAGCAGCAUUCAUUUGGCAGUGCUGUUUCAACACGUGCCCAUUGUAGCUUACCUCAUAUCAAAGGGCCAG